GAUACUGCAGUAUAUCGAGAUUCAAACUUACCCCAAGGGCCAAUCUACCCUACAAGAAAAUCUACAACUACUCCAUAUAUGUCAAUUGGAGACCAUGCGGCAACCCCACUUCCUCCCCGUUAUCGAAGGAUAGAAACACCAAACGGGGCAUUUCAACCCGCUCGAUAUCAACAAAGAUACACUAACGCGUCUAGUGCGGGGGCCCUUCACCACCCCCGCGAUGUGGGGGCCGAUAAAGCACGCGAAUCAAGGACCAGUAUCCUAUCGAAAGGAUGCACGCUGGAAUGACCAACUCCUUAGUACGACGCGUCUCGGCAAGACCAUACAACUGGUUCUACACCCUAACAUCCAAUGGAAUCUCCAAUCACUAUGUACGGCCCUAAAGUCGGCGACAGGCUCGACGAUCUGGACACGCCUUCUAUGAUCGUCGAUCUCGACGCCGCUGAGGCAAACAUCAAGAAGCUCAUGGACCAGCUAUUGCCCACCGGUCUCAACAUUCGUCCCCACCUCAAAACCACGAAGAGCGCUGUCAUCGCCCGCAAGCUGGUCAACGCCGGUGCCAAAGGCGGCUGCGUCGCCAAAGUCAGCGAGGCGGAGGCGAUCGCCGCAGCGGGGUUCGACGACUUGCUAAUUACGUGCGAAAUCGUCGGCCCGGCUAAGGUCCGCCGUCUGGUAGAGCUGUUCCGUCGGCAUAGAAACAUCCGCAUCGUGGUCGACAGUGCGGUCGGUGCGACGGCUAUCAAUGACGCGCUCGCGGCGGCGGGAAUCGACGACCCCAUCACGGUGUUGAUCGAUCUGGAUGUGGGUCUGCACCGCACGGGCGCGCAGCCCGGCGAACCGGCCUUGGACCUGGCGCGCCAUGUGGCGGGGCUGAAGCACCUGCGGUUGAUCGGGGUCCAGGGCUACGAGGGCCAUCUGCAGCAUUUACACGACCGCGAGGAUCGGCGGGCGCAGUGUUUACAGUCGAUGCAGAUCCUGACGGGGACAGCGGAUGCGCUGCGCGCGGCGGGGUUUGCUAUCGAAGUGGUCACCACUGGCGGUACCGGGACGGCUGAGUUCUGCGCGACGGUCCCCGGUGUGACGGAGUUGCAGCCUGGGUCGUUUAUUUUCAUGGAUACGGACUAUCGGAAUGCCCUGGGGACAUUCUAUUCGAAUAGCUUGACUAUCCUGUCGACGGUUGUCAGCCAGCAAGGGCCUCGGGCGGUGACCAUUGACAGCGGACUCAAGUCACUCACGACGGAUAGUGGACUGGCCGAGUGCAAGGAUUCUCGAUAUACAUAUGGCGUUCUAGGGGAUGAGCAUGGGUCGCUCACUUGGGAGGAGGGGACGCCGUCUCUAUCGGUUGGAGAUCGGGUGGAGAUGAUUCCUAGUCAUAUUGACCCGACGGUGAACCUGCACGACUUUUAUUACGCGCUUCGGGGAGGGGUCAUUGAAGAGAUCUGGCGUGUAGAUUCACGAGGGAAGGUGCAAUAGUGUCUGAGCAUCGUUCAGAUGACUUUACCAUCAUAUAGGACUGACUAGAUACUAUCUUGGUCCGAGACCCGCCUCCAUAUAUUUAUAUAUCGCACUGCACCCACCCUUUCAACUGCAACUAGUGUUUACUGGCUCUCGAUAAAUGAUCGAAUAUACAUAUAUAUAUAUGUUCAUAUAAGUAUAAAAAAAAGAAUCCCCAGUCGGAACUUGAACAUAAACCGUUGAUCGUGACUACUUAGGGCAAGCUUGUCAUUCGCACCACCUUAAAGCUUCAUCAUGACCGAAUCGACUGCGAAGAGACCCACUACAUACCCAGUCGAGUAAGUUGAACAAAAAUCCGAC